UUAAUUUUCACUUUUGAAAUUUCAAAUUUCAAUUUUAUUCAAGAGCAUGGAAGUUCCUAAACAACCCGGGUAGGAGUAAAAGAACCCGUUUCGCAGUGAACCGGUGUUCCUCGUUAAACUUCAACCGAAGUUGGGGGUUUUGACGCUGCUUGUGAUUGUUUUUGUUUGUUCUCUUCGUUGAGACCGUGUUUGAUCCGAAAAUGCCUGUGAGAGUUGUUGAUAGUUCGGCCCCUUCUCAGGUUUCAGGUGCAAAUCCUAGCCACACUUCACCCCCUGCUUGUACACUUUUGAGUGUAGGACAGGCAUUUUCUGGAACCCAGAAUGUUUCUAGUCUACAAAAGGAUGAAGCAUGGAGAGUUAAUGUACGAAUCCAAGGAUGUGACCUUGACCAUGGUUAUCUUUGUGGCACCAUGGAAGCUCUUAAUGUUCCUAUGGCAGACACACCAUGGGUAAUUCAGGUUGUAACCUUCUGGGAAGGCGAAAUUGUUGAUAUGAAGAAUUAUACAUUCUUCACUGGCAAAUGGGAAGCAACGGUGGGAAAGCCUUUUCCCCUCAUGGUCGUUCUUUCAAUUGUUAACAGGUCAGAAGUUGACACAAGGCACUGGACCAAGUUUCCAUCUUUCUCUCCACUUCUGAGCCAAGUGGAAGUCGAUGGUGGCAGAUCUCUGGAUCUGAGUAACUAUCCAUACAUAUUCAUGCGAUGGAAAGAGCAGUACUUUGUGAAUGUUGGAACUGACUGUGGGUUAACUAUAGCUGGUUUUUACUAUGUUUGCUUCUCUUGUAGUGAUGGCUCCAUCAAUGGCUUCUAUUAUGAUCCUAAUAGUAGCCCAUUUCAGAAACUCGAGCUGAAAAUCACUAAUGAAGGAAGAUCAGGUUUCAGUUUUUCUUCAUAUGAGUUACAAUAAAUGGAGGUGAGUGGUUGUUUCCCGGGCUUGCACCAGAUGGACUUGCGAGGCUAUGAGCGUUCAAUUGUGCAUUGGUACCCAUCUGGAUUUUUAGUUGUAAUUGUUUCCCUGUAAAGUUUGUGAAGUUGAGGUUUGUAGUUGCAGUAUAAGCUUGUUAAGCUGUGGGAGCACAUGGAGGCUGUAAACAUAAUAGGAUACGAAAUUAACCACCUAUGUCAUGCGCUUCCUUUUGAAGUGGAAAAGAUUAUAUCCUCUGAUC